AUGGACAACGCCAAAGACCUUUGCAGCAAGUACGGAGUUCAAGGCUAUCCUACCUUGAAGUACUUCAGCCCGAGCACCUCGCCGGAUGGGGAUCCGUACGAAGAUGCCAGGGACCUUAAGGCACUCAACAAGUUCGUAAAGCGAGCUGCUAAGCUGCCAUGCGUACCCGACACGGGGGAGAAUUGCGACAAGAAGGACAACGCCUACCUGGAGGAGAUCAAAGAAAUGCCUGCCGAUAAGAUGAAGGAAGAGAAAGACAGAAUGCAGAAGGAGAUGGAAGACCUGGAGGCCGAGUACAAGGCAGCCAGCGACCUCUUCGAGAAACAGAAAGAGGAGGCGAUGGCCACCAUGAAGAAGCAGGAGGAUCUCAAGAAAACAUUGGGAAAGCUCAAGGACAAGACAAACUACAAGAUCGCAAUUCUCAAGGCGAAGACCGGUGGUAAGGACGAGCUGUAG